UCAGUUUCAGCACUAAGUGUGUUUGCCAUGCACAUUGCAUCAACAAUGGCUACGCUGUUCUGGACCUCCAUCUUUUUGUGGAUUUCUGUUGAAAGUCUGUCUUCAGGUGAAAGAUCAGAGGCCUGUCCACACCAGAAGCAACCAGCACCAUGUGAAUUUAUUUCAAGAAAUCUCUGUUUGGAAUUUGUUGUGGAACCAAAGACCUGGUUCCAGGCCAUGAGCAGCUGUGAAGAGAGAGGAGGGGAGCUCCUACAGGAGUUGAACAGCCCAGCAAAGGUUUUCCUGACCAGCAUUAUCCAAGAACGAAGGUUCAGCAACAUGACCUGGUGGAUGGGAAAAAGAGUCCGAGUUGAGAGCACAAACCCCAAUCUGAAUGAUAGGGAUUUUUCCAUGGAUUCCUGUGGAUACAUUAAGCUAAAUCCUCUUAAGGUGCUGUCAUCUGACUGCAGUAAGACGCGGGGCUUCCUCUGCACCCACCGUGUAAGUUCCCCAACAAGCACAAAGAAAAUGCUUUUAUCCAAUAAUGCGGGCAAACCUCGACUCAGAAGACGUUCUUUAAAGGACGUGGCCUCAAAUAUUGAAGACAUCUCUGAACUAAUAAGACUUGCAGGGCCAGAACUCCAACGAAUGGAGACGACAGCCGGAGAGCCCACAAGAGAUAAACAGGAUGAGUUUGUUAAGUAUUUGUUGGCUGUUGUGAAAAAAGCACAAAAACUAUCAAUUUUACCAGAUCCAGAUGAAAUAAGCGGCAUCAUUAACAGCAGCUUUGCCAUCUUGAGUCUUUCACUAAAAAAAUGUGACCUGGUCACUGAGCCAAACCCUCAAUCUCUGUAUGAGAAGGUCUUUGAGAUUAUUGAGCUAGCUUCUUUGCUGAGAGGUCAAGACAAUCCAAACCUCAGUCAAACUGUCAUCAAGCAUCCAACAGGCACCAUCUAUCAGAAAGCUUACAAAACCCAAGAGCUCAACAAUGCAGUGCUGGGUUCAGAGGAGAAUGGGGAGUACAUUAAGCUCCCCCCAUAUUCGGCGCUGUCUUCGCAACUUGAGAACUACAGUGACGUCACCGCCCAGAUGACCACUAUGUCAGUUAGUCCUUAUCCUUCUGCUGACAACAUUUCAGGAACUGUUUGUAAUUUGGUGCUCAGCAAUAAAGGCUCAAACAUUGAGCUGUCAAACCUUCCGGAGAUGAUUGAGAUAUUCCUGCGCCGCUCGGAUAAUUCGUCUGUGGCUAACAGCACGUUCGUGUUGGAAAAAGACACCAAAUCGGUGACUUCAUUCAACAUCUCUGACCCAGAGGUGACCGUCAUCUUCGAUGUGGAGCCAAGCGUCAAUGCCUCCUUUGUUGUGACUUUGUCCUACAACUCACCCCCUAACUCUACUUAUUUCACUAACAAAACAGUUUUAAACCAAACAGGAGGAUAUCGCUGGAUGAUAACCCCAGAAAUGUUCCAGCAGAAUCUGGGGAUCUGGUAUGUUGACACAAGGCUUAAUUCGACACAGGAACUGGGCGUGACAGUGACGGUGACGUCUCACAUGAGCAAGUGUGUGUAUUGGGACACGCACACGGGAAAUUGGAGCACCGCCGGUUGCAGGGUGGGACACAAGACAAGCCCGGUGCUCACACACUGCAUGUGCAACCACCUGACCCUCUUUGGGAGUUCCUUCUUUGUGAUGCCAAACCAAGUGGACAUUUCUCGCACGGCGGAGCUGUUUGCCACCGUGAAUGAGAAUUACGUGGUGCUUGCCCUGUUGUGCUCCUUCUUCACUCUCUACCUGAUCACACUCCUGUGGGCCUGCUAUGCUGACCGCAGGGCACGCUCUAAGAGGAAGAUGACUCUGCUGGAGGACAGCCACCCAGGAGCUCAGUACAACUACCUGGUUUGUGUCCAAACAGGGCAUCGCAAGAAUGCAGGAACUUCUGCAAAUGUCACAGCGAAGCUGGUUGGCUCGGAUGCAGAGAGCAGCAUCCACCACCUGACUGAUCCCGACAAGCCUGUCCUUGAGAGAGGAUCCUGCGACAUGUUUUUCUUGUCUACACCUUUCCCUCUGGGGGAAGUGCGACAUCUGCGGCUGCAGCACGACAACUCCGGAGGCCACCCAUCAUGGUAUGUUAAGAAGGUGAUCAUACAGGACCUUCAAAACCAUCAAGUGUUUCACUUCUUCUGCGACUGCUGGCUGAGUUCUGACCGAGCGGACGGCAUGACCAAGAAAACCUUCAACGUUGCAAAGAACAACGAGAUUGCCAGCUUCAGAAACAUCUUUCAGACCAGAACAUUAACAGGUUUUAGGGACGAACACAUCUGGGUGUCCAUCUGGGAUCCCCCCUCACGCAGCCCCUUCACGCGGGCACAGAGAGUGUCCUGCUGCAUGUCCCUGCUCCUAUGCACUAUGGCCAUCAACAUCGCCUUCUGGAACAUCCCUGAGGAUCUCAAUUCACCAGAACUCUUCUCAUUAGGAUCUUUGCAUAUAACUCAGCAGGACUUCAUGGUGGCGGUGGAAAGUGCUGCUCUAAUGUUCCCAAUCAACAUUCUCAUCAUCACCAUCUUCAGAAGCAUCCGACCUCGGGUGGUUUCAACAUCUAAAAAGGAUGAUGGCAUUGAGAAAACAAGAGCCUCCGCAAUCAGUGUACCAACAAUCCUGAAGGAAAUUGAGGAGCUCCUUUACUUGUUGAGCAUGAGUCCGAGAAACAAAGUGUCAGGAAUGGUCGGGCUGGAGUCUGCUGCUGACCUCGGUCCUGCCCUGCAGAGGGUGCAUGACUUAAUCCACUACAUGCAAGGUGAGAGUUUGAGUGACAACCACUUGGUGUACUGCAGCAAGUUCCUCCUGGCUGCUCUCUGCCACCUUCUCAUGUGUCUGGAGAAACUGGAUGGAAAACACUUCCCAAGUUUGCAGGAUUACCAGGACACCCUCAGCACUACCAACCUGCUCGUUCGCAAGGCUGAGAUGGUCUUAAGCAGCCACCUGGCCAACUGCCCUCUACCAGUGAGGAGGAAGAAGAAGGAGUCUACAGGCUGCCGUCUGCCCUGGUGGUGUGUGUUCAUAGGCUGGUUCCUGCUGCUGUCCAUCAGUGCAAUAUCCACCUACUUCACCCUGCUGUACGGUUUUCAGUACGGCAAGGAGAAGUCCAUCAAGUGGGUUAUGACUUUGGGCCUGUCGUUGUUUCAGAGCAUCUUCAUUUUGCAGCCUCUGAAGGUGAUAGGCGUUGCUGUGUUUUUUGCCAUGCUGCUAAAACCAGUGGCUGUGGAGGAGACUGAGGAAGCAGAGCAGGUGCUAUCAGCGCAACAAGAGCGGUGCAGAAAAUACACCGGCAGGGAGUCACUGUGAAGACCAAUCGUGGCGCCGGAUCGACCUCCUUCCCCAUGAAACCCACCACUGCAUCCAUCUUCUACUAUAUUUGCACUUUCUGAAGAAUUUACUCAAUAUAUAAAAGUUUGGUGUUUAGACAUCUACAAAAUUUCAAGUAACAGUUAUCGUCUAAUUUAAAGUAACAAUGUUAAAUGUCAGUAACUGUUGUGGAUUCUCUGAAGCUUUUAGAUGUUCAAUUUCAUUAAAAAAUACUGCUGCGUUUUUUAGGAGCUAAAAACAAAUUGCCAGUUCUCAGGAGAUUGCAGGACAUCUAUGGUUGGUUGUAAGUGAAAUAAUAGUUUAGCAAAAUAAUAUAUAUUUUUAAUGUAAAUCUUAAUAGACGGCUUGAAUUUAGGUCUAUUUAGUUGUUUCAUCUUGGAGAUGAGAAAAUAAUUUCAUAUUUAUCAUCGAUACACAAAUUCCCCACUUUAACAGGUACACAAUUGGCACUCGAGGUUCCCUACUGCAUCACAGGGAGCAACAACCAACCACAGUCUGUGAAUUAAUGCAAACUAUGAAAUGUUGGCUAAAAAGGUGCACUUAUGUAAUUGAACAUGUGAGAGCUAAUGGUUAAUUGAUCACUUUAUUUUUUCUUCACAUUUUGCUUCAGUCACUGUGAUACAUGCUGAAAGUGCACACUAAACCUUUUCAUCAUUCAUGGAUGCUUCUUUAGGAGUCAGUCUGCCACCCUUUGAAUCAUUCAUGACGAAGGCCAAACUACUUUCAAGUUUGUUUUUCUAUUUUCAAACGCCUCAUGUGUGUUCCUCUGUGCUCCUAUUUUAAUCAUAAAGAAUAUUUUGGUUUUAUUUCUUGAUACUGUAUCUAUGGACUUUUAAUAAAGGGACCUCUUAGCAUUGUGAUCUU